AUGAUGUGGCUGUUUGGGUCCCUUUUCGUUGCACGAGGACACCUAUGUGUCUCUGUAACCACAGUCUGCCUCACUUUUGACGGUUAAACCUGAUAUAAAACCAAUUUCAGAUAUGGACACUGAUAAAAAUACAACCCUAGACGCUGGCGCUACCAUGGAGACUAAAGAUGACACGGAGUCUUUCACAAAAGUAAAGUCUAGAAAGACUCAGAAACGAAAACGUGAACAAGAUGGAGUGGAGAUGGACACAGAGGGGCCCGUGGCAAGCAAGCGGCCGCAGUUUCCACCAAUUUCAAGCGACAAAUUAAGGGGACCAGAUGAGAUGCGCAAAAUUGCCGUCCCAGCUCACAGAUACACCCCGCUGAAGGAAAACUGGCUGAAGAUCUUCACCCCUAUUGUAGAGAACCUACAGCUUCAAGUUAGAUUCAACCUUAAAACUAGGAAUGUUGAAAUCAAAACAUGCAAAGAAACACAGGACAUUGGCUCGCUCACGAAAGCAUCAGAUUUUGUCAAAGCGUUUGUUCUGGGAUUCCAGGUCGAAGACGCCCUAGCUCUCAUCAGAUUAGAUGAGCUUUUCCUAGAAAGCUUUGAUAUCACAGACGUGAAACCUCUGAAGGGAGACCACUUAUCCAGAGCCAUCGGAAGAAUAGCAGGGAAGGGAGGAAAAACUAAAUUCACCAUUGAAAAUGUAACAAAGACUCGCAUUGUGCUUGCAGAGACAAAAGUUCACAUAUUAGGGUCUUUUCAGAAUAUCAAGAUGGCCCGUACAGCAAUAUGCAACUUAAUCUUAGGAAGUCCACCUUCAAAGGUCUACGGUAACAUCAGGGUGGUUGCUAGCCGGACUGCCGAGAGAUUCUGAAGUCUGAUUGGCUGGACUGACACCUCAGGUUUCUCUGUUAUGGCCUCAUGCAUCAAGCAGACCCAUUUUUGGAUCAGUUGACCCAAAUCACGAUGCAAGGUCAUUGUACAUGCAUAAACAGAGUUCACGUAUCUCUAAGCAUAAGUUUAUGUAAAUAAAUAUUUUCAAUCCACAUUAA